AUGCUCCUGCAACGCAACCCUCCUCUAGAUCACUGCAUUCCCCCUAAUACUCCCCAUUCAGUGAUCCAGUCCCUUCCAACCUGGCAAGAUAAUGUUGACCGAGCAGUGGGGAAACCAGCUCAAAGCAAGCACUUGGAAACGUGCUAUCCACGAUUCACUAUCCAUCCUUUUCUUCGACCGUUGAUUAAAUCGUCUCUUGAAGCACUGAAGGCUUCCCCUGAGCAUACUUGCCUCUUGUUUCCUUCAUUGAGACUGGCGAAAGCAUUCCAAUCCUACAUGCGUCUACAGUUUCCUUCAUCCGCCUCUGAGCUUUGGGAAUCUAAUUGCGUAUCUGAAACGCUCAAUCCCCCUCCCGGACAUGAUAUCUUCGCAGUCCUAUUCCCCGUAGAACAAGGAAGCUUGGCGAUGAAGUUUUGGACGUUCAGUGGGGCUGGGAUUUCUACGCGUUUGGCAGAGAAUUGUAUCAUUCGACAUGACGGGAACCUCGAAUUGACAUUGGGACUACCGACCCAGCCUGACCACGAAUAUUCGAACUAUUACACUCUGCAUUCAGCUCUGAGCUCCGUCCCUGAAGCGAAAGCAAAAAUCAAAGCACGGUUUGCCGGGCUUGAUACAGACAGUGGUGCUCGCAGUAUUCGGGGUGUCGACGGUGUCAGUACAAGCGACGUGUAUUUGUACCCUACAGGAAUGAAUGCCAUCUGGAAUAUUCACCAUAUGCUUCACGAUGUAUGUAAAACUAGUACUGACCCGAGGACGUUCACGACUGUGCAGGUGAAUAUAUUGUAUGUUGACUCGUAUAAACUACUCGACACGACAAAUCCCGGCUAUCACAUUUUCACCAACGAGACACUCGAUGACCUAGAACUGCUUCUCGAAGACAACAACGAGAAGCCGGUACUCGGAAUAUUUACCGAUUUUCCAGGAAACCCACAUCUUAAAAGCGCGGACCUUCCUCGACUGCGACGACUUGCAGAUAAGCACAACAUCCCGAUCAUUAUCGACGAGACAGCCGGAUGUCAUCUCAACGUCUCGGUGCUGAAAUAUGCUGAUAUCGUUGUCGGCAGCUUAACAAAAGUCUUCAGUGGUUUUGCAAAUGUCCUUGGUGGAGCGCUGCUGUUGAAUCCUUCUUCGCAUUUUUAUGCAUCAUUCAAGGCACAUCUGGACGCCAACUAUGAGGAUGACUAUUUUGGGGCCGACGCGCUUGUAAUGGAACUCAACUCACGCGGAUUCGAAGAGCGGCUUUCCACGAUCAACAGGAAUGCAGAAGCGCUGGCAGAUUGGCUGUUUAUUCGCUCUAAAGUUGGAGGGGAGGAGAAAACAGUGAUCGAAGAAGUUUUCUACCCGAAGUACCAGCAUCGCGAAAAUUAUGAACGUUGCAUGAGAGUUGUCUCUGCUUUUGAAUACGAUCUCGAAAGUACCGAGAACAAGUUCCAACCAGGCUAUAGCGGAAUCGUAGCUGUAUCAUUCACCUCUUUAGAAGCCGCGAAAACGUUCUAUGAGAGCAUUCAGUGCUACAAGGGAACAACUCUCGGGACGGUUGUCACCCUAUUGUCUCCGUUCAUUGCGAUUGCAUUUCCUCCUGAAAAAAUGGAUUGGGUGAGAGAGCACGGGAUGACGGAAGCCUUGGUUCGUUUUAGUGUGGGGUUGGAAGACAUUUCAAGGAUAUUGAAUAGUGUGGAGGCGGCACUUUUUGCUGCUGAAAGGUGUUGA